GAUUCCUUCAGGUGCGUGCGGAUGGCCGGUGUGGUACAGCUGCUGGAGCUUCUGGUGUCACCGUCCUAUCUUAUCGUUCGUGGUUGUUUGUGUAGCCAUGGUUAGUUACUAGGUUCUUGCUCUACGCUACGCUAGUCCUACAGUGAGAGGGACGGUCGCCAUUCACCAACGAUCCAUGCUUCAGAUCACCAUGAUGACUUUGACGACCCGAGAAUCUGCUGACCAUGACAGACAAUAUCGGAGAACGGUGCAUAUGAAUACAACGCACCGGCGACGACAAGCAUUCUACGCGCUCCCCUCGGCGCAUUGGCAGAUGCUCGCCGAGCCGCCCUUCUCAAUCCUGGAGAACUUCAACCGGGUAGACGAUGCCAUCGACAUGAAUGCGGAGAUCGCGGACGCGAUUCUGGCCACGGGCCUAUCGUCCUUUGGUCUGUCGCCCGACCCGAACCCGGAGGACUCCCGGGAGAACUGGCACGGAACGGCCAACACCUCCGAUGUCAACAAGGCCCAUUCGACCUUGAGGCAGUUCUACCGCGACUGGAGCGCCGAGGGGCGCGCCGAGAGAGAAGUCUGCUAUGACCCGGUCCUCCAGGACUUGCGCACCGAGUUUGGUGCGCGCGCCGCUGCGGGCCAGGAAAUCAGGGUGCUGGUCCCGGGGGCUGGCUUGGGUCGCCUGGUCUUCGACAUCGCUCGGGCAGGCUUCUCACCCGAGGGCAACGAGAUCUCCUAUCACCAGCUUUUAGCCAGCAGCUGGGUCCUCAACCACACCCUCGGUCCUCAGAAGCACAUGCUCUACCCCUUUGCCCUGCACUUCUCAAAUCUGCUGUCGCGGGAGCAACAGCUCCAGACAGUAAUGAUCCCCGACCAACAUCCGGGCACUGUGAUUGCAGAAGCGCUGGAGAACCCCGAGGGUCCUCCGUUCGGCCAGAUGAGCAUGUCGGCGGCGGACUUUGUGGUGCUCUACCGCCAGCCUGAUAACCGAGAGGCAUUCGAUGCCGUGGCGACGGUCUUCUUUAUUGAUACCGCCCCGAACCUGAUCCGGUAUAUCGAAACAAUCCAUCACUGCUUGAAGCCGAACGGGCUCUGGAUCAACGUCGGGCCGCUGCUAUGGCAUUUUGAGGACGGGGCCAACCGCAGCCACGAGAACAGCCACGACUCGCAGGACCAGGGGAUCAGCGAGCCAGGGAAUGUGGAGUUAACAGAGGCCGAAGUGUUCUGCCUCGUGGAGCGGAUGGGCUUCGUGAUCGAGCAGCGCCAGCCGGCACACGAACGGCCGUUGUGUGGGUACAUCCAGGACCCCAACAGUAUGCUGUUGCCGUUGUACCGGCCAUCGCACUGGGUGGCACGCAAGAAAAGCCACUGAACCAGUGCUCCCAACUUCCUUCCCCGCCCCCCCCCUCCCCCUUUUCCAUCUAUCUUUCUCCUUCUUGGAAAUAAUUAAAGUCAUUCAAUAUAGACUAGAUAUAAUAUAGGGUGGAUCAGAUUUGGAGUCGGAAGUAGUUGAAUUUGGGGAGGGGAAGGUAAGUACAUGUACC